CCGGCUGACCCGCUGCCUCCCCGGCUGGUUCCACCCCGCGGGCGCCGCGCGUUUGUUGGUGUGUUCGAGUCUCUCCAACUUCAGUCUCUCGUAAACCCGCUUUUUCGAUCAGUAGCAAAAUCCCGCACCACCUGUGCUAGUAGUACUUACUGGAGAUUUUUCCUUCAAUUUACUGGAAGAAAGCGUUUAAAUAGGUGCUACUCAACGUAAACGCUCCUCUAAGCAAUAUCCGCGAAAUCUUGAGUUUGAUGUACUGCUUACGAUUUUUUCUCCCCUAAUACACUUUAAAAUAAAUCCUUAGGUAUUAAAAGGUUUGCGUACAGUAUAAAUCCGACUGUUGUACUAUACUAAUACUAAUCAUAUUGUCACAUAAGCCCUGGGGAGCUGCUUCUAACUCCUGUGCACCUGGGGCUUCACGGCAGUUCAGUUCAACAUUUUCCAGGGUACCUGCCAUGUGCCAGGACUGCUGGGCCCUUGGGAACAGACUGGGAUUAAGAGGAAGAGGAAGACUCUAACCCUGAAGGAGCUCGUUGGCUUAAGAAAAAUGACAUCUGUAUAAAUGACAACAAAUGUAGAGAAGAAAUGUUGUAGUGGGAGCAUUUUAUUUCAAUGCAGUGGCUUAUCAGGAUAGAGCAAGUGCCCAAAUCUCUAUGGCUUUUAAAGUUGUCUUAAACCGGGAAAGACUGCCCAUGUGUCAUGUUUAAAGAUUUACAAGAAUUUAAAGGACAGUUUGAGAAUGCAUGAACUGCAAAAAUAAAUAAUAAGAAUUUUAAAUGUUAAAGUGUAAACACGUAAAAAUCAAGUUAACAGUAAAUGCGAUGUAAGUAAAAUUCCUAUAGUAAUGGAAGUGUACCUUUAAUGAAUUCUGGAGGAAGGGCUAGAAGCCUGCCGUUUUGCCACAGUAGUCCUGUAUGAUAUGAAGAACGUGCUGUUAUGUCGUGUUGUUUCUUCCAGUUUGUUAGCACUGCUUUGAAGUUAUUUUGUAUGAUGGGUUGAAGUGUUGGUGAAUUCCUACUAAGUAAUCUAUUCUUUCAUUUUCCCCAAGGGGAAGCAUGUUUUUGUUUGUUUUAUGAAGAAUGGAAAAAAUAAGUUAUCCACUAAUUAGCAAGGGAAAGUAGUUUUGUGAUGCUGUGAUGAGCAUUUGUUUUCUUAGAUAUACAGUGUUUGGAAAAUCUAAACUUGGUAUGGACACUGUUGAGAAACGUGUUUUUACUGCAAACCCAAGCUGUAGUAGAGAUUCACUGUAAUUGCAGUCAGAGACGUGUUCUGUAUUUGGUUUAAGUAUUAUGUUUGUUGUGGAUUUUAUUUUUCCAUCGAGUUUUACAAGGUGCUAGAAAGCUGCUUUUGACACCGGUUUGAUGUUUAUUUCAUCUCUCAGUUGAACUGUGGACUUUUUGAAGGGUGUGUGGUGUUUAGGGAGUCUGGGUGGCAUUCUAGGUUAAGCGUUUAGAAUACCAUUCAUGGUUGUUUAAGAAAAGAGUUUUGAGAUACUACUGCUAAUAGUUAAACCAUGGGUGUUUUUGCCCAUCGUUCACAGAUUUAGAAGGGAGAUUUUAAAUGACACUUUCUUCCCUUGAGGAAACAUGAGAUUUAGAGUUUAUGUAUUAUAGCAGAACGAAAAGUGGUGCCUCAAGGAGUGUAUUUAUUUCCUUUUAGAUACCCCAUGUUACCCCAUCACCUGAAGAGUCUGGGCAGAGACUGGACCACACCAUGGGAGGAUCUGCAGAGGUGUUGCUGGAACAGACAUAUUUCUAGUUGUAUGAGGUGGCCUGGACAUUAUUCUCGUGCUCCUUAUCCAUACUUCAGUAGUAGGCAUUUUUCACUAAAUUGGAGACCAGCUUGUUUGUUUGAGUCUAGAACUCAGUUUCAGUACUUGAACUGGAGACCUGAGCACCUGAGCCAGACAUCUUUGAUUCAUCUUUCUAGUUACAGCAUGAACUCUGAGGGAGAUGAGCCUUCAUCAAAACGAAGAAAACACCAAGGCACUAUAGAACGGCAUUGGGAAUAUCUAUAUAACCAUAAUAAAGAAAACACAAAGAUCCUAGGAGACAAAAAUGUCAACCCCAAAUGUGAAGACAGUGAGAACAAGUUUGACUUUUCAGUGAUAUCCUAUAAUAUACUUUCACAAGAUUUAUUGGAAGACAAUUCACAUCUCUAUAGACACUGCCGGCGGCCAUUAUUACACUGGAGUUUUAGGUUUCCCAAUAUUCUGAGAGAAAUUAAACACUUUGAUGCAGAUGUACUUUGUUUGCAAGAAGUUCAAGAAGAUCAUUAUGGAACAGAGAUCAGGCCAAGUUUGGAAUCAUUGGGUUAUCACUGUGAAUACAAGAUGCGGACAGGAAGGAAACCUGAUGGCUGUGCCGUUUGCUUCAAACAUUCCAAAUUUUCGCUCUUGUCAGUGAACCCAGUGGAAUUUUACCGCCCUGAUAUUCCUCUGUUGGACAGAGACAAUGUUGGAUUAGUGUUGCUCCUGCAGCCCAAAAUUCCAUGUGCUGCCUCUCCCGCGAUCUGUAUAGCUAACACACAUCUGUUGUAUAACCCAAGGCGAGGUGACAUUAAGCUGACCCAGCUGGCAAUGCUGCUGGCAGAGAUCUCCAGUGUUGCCCAUCAGAAAGAUGGCAGCUUCUGCCCUAUUGUUAUGUGUGGUGACUUUAAUUCCGUUCCUGGUUCUCCACUCUAUAGUUUUAUAAAAGAAGGAAAAUUGAAUUAUGAAGGACUUGCCAUAGGAAAGGUAUCUGGCCAGGAACAGUCUUCACGGGGACAAAGAAUUUUAUCUAUUCCAAUUUGGCCCCCAAACCUAGGUAUCUCACAGAACUGUGUGUAUGAGGUACAGCAGGUUCCAAAAGUAGAAAAGACAGAUGAUAAUCUGACACAAACACAGCUGGAGGAAACAGAGGUCAUAGUGACACCUGAAAAAAGUGACCACUUGUCACUCCCGAAGUGCCCUAACUGUGGAUUAUAUUUUCUACUCUGCAGACAAGGAGGAGGCUGCCCAGGAGUCAGGUUGCUAAUAUAUUUGAAGAAAUCCGUUAAUUACCCGUGUAUGGCGAGGGAGGCCGUGAAACACCCCAAAGCAAAUUAUUACCUCAGAGGUACAUUCUCAGCUUUGUCCUCCAGUUUCGGUCAUCUUCGGAGUUACAGGGCUUUAUUGUUACCCUUCGGUUUUUUACCUGCCGUGAAUUCCCCGUGUGUCCUGUGACAGCGGCUGAGUAACUGGUGUUAAUGGUCUGCUGACAUUGUCCCGAGGCCCGCUGCCCUCAUUGCACGGCUGGGCUUGUGCCGCCAGCAGCAGUUUUGUCACGUUGACCCUGGAAGACCGGAUCUUUCUGAAGAAUGGUCUGUACUGUGACACUGUGUGUUUUCAGAAAGCAAAGACGAGAAGAUACGUUUCCUUGUAUGAUUCAGUGAAAAUCAGGUUUAAAACAUUAACCAGAGGCUUUAAAGUGGAGAAGAAAAUGCAGUUUAAAAUAACUGGAAGUCAAAAAAGAGCAUUCAGAAAACUUUGAAAAUCCAAAAUUUUUUCUUUUCUCCUCUCCCUUUCUGAUCGUGUUUCCCCCUUACUGGGGAUAACCUUAUUAACACUCAGGAGCGGCUUACUGUUCCACCAAUUAGAUCAUCUCUACAAAACGUGCAAGUUCUGAUAGUUGUCAUGCUGAUAAAAGUUCACUAGGUGGCAGGAGAGUCAUGGACCGGGGUCUCAGAUCUCUUAAUAUUAUAAGAGCGUGUCAUUUUUUACUCUUUCUGUGGGUGGUGAUUCCCUGAGGCCAAAUUAACGCUAACUUAUUUUCCAGUCACCUUAUAAACUUGGUACUCAGCUGUGGCUUAUAAACCUGCUGGCCGUUGUGGUUUUAUGCAGCUGCAGAAGAGUUACUGGAUGAAUUUCUUAUGUAAUUGUCAGUCUUAAAUUACUCUUUACAUUAUGUGUUAUGUUGAUAUUUUUAUCUAAAGAUUAUUUGCAGAACUUGAAAUAGAAGAAAUAUUUGAAACAGGAAAAUCAUCAGAAACCGCUGUCUCUGACAUUCUAAUUAGAUUGUUGCAAACCAAAACCACACCCAUUGCCGUGGAGUCAGUUCCAACUCAUAGCAGCCCUGUAGGACA